AUGCAAUAUGGAAACAAGAAAGUCAACAUUCCUAAAUCCCGCGCCCGGGGCCUUAGCCCGCCUUAUGCCCGCCCUUACCCAUCCCAUGCCCGGCCUUAUGCCCGAUGCCUUAUUCCCGCGCCUUAUGCCCGGCCCCCCCCCCAUGCCCGACGCCCAUGCCCCAGCCUUAGCCCGCGCCCUUUGCCCGACGGGCCCCCCGGCCGCGCCUUAAAGCCCACCUUAUGCCCGACGCCUAUUGCCCGACGCCUUAUCCCCGACGCCUUAUGCCCGGCCUUUGCCCGGGCCGGCCCGACCCAUGCCCGCGCCUUAUGCCCCGGGGCCAUCCGACGCCUUUUCCCGACGCCUUUUGCCCACGCCAUGCCCCCGCCUUAUGCCCCACGCCCCUGCCCGACGCCUUUUGCCCGGCGCCUUAUGCCCGGCGCCUUAUGCCCGACGCCUUAUCCCGGGCCCCCUUAUGCCGACGCCCUUUUGCCCUGCCAACCCCGAGCCCAUGCCCGAGCCUAUGCCCGGCCCUCCCGAGCCUUUUGCCCGCCCUUUGCCCCCAGCCUUAUCCCAGCCCUUUUGCCCGGCCCCUUUUGCCCGGGCCUUAGCCCGAGCCCCUUUUCCCCCGCCUUAUACCCGAGCCUUAUGCCCGGGGCCUUAGCCGGCCUUAGCCCGCGCCUUUUGCCGACCCUUAUCCCGGGGCCAUGGGCCCCACACCCUUAUGCCCGCGCCAAAGCCCCCGCCUUUGCCCCACCCCAUGCCCGACGCCAUCCCGAGCCCAUCCCCGGGGCCCUUAUCCCGACGCCUUAUGCCCGCGCACCCGACGCCAGCCCACGCCCAGCCCGGCGCCCUUAUGCCCAAAGCCUUAUGCCCGCGCCUUAUGGGCCCAGUUUUUGGGGGCCCGAGCCUUAUGCCCGCGCCUUUUCCCGACGCCCAUGCCCCCGGGGCCUUUUCCCGGGGCCCUUUGCCCAUAACCGAAAUGCCCAAACGCCUUGCCCUCCGCGCGGCCUUCCCGCGCUUUGCCGGAAAAUCCGCCCGAUGCCGACGAGCAAAUCGGAGAGUUUCCCCGACAGGUCACACUCCGACAGGUGUUCGUGUCCGCCGCGUGACCCGAGCUCGCUCCCGGACUCCUGUUUAAGGUCACCAAGGACUCGCGGCCCCGGGGGAGUGACGUAUGCCUGGCGUUUUGGUGUCAAGAGGCUGCGCAGGAUCAUUAAGGUCUCGAUAAAACCCGUGUUUAAAGACACAUCAGAAGCUGAAAGGUAA